AUUGAAAAUAAAAUUUGAGUCACUCAUCGAAUACUAGAGCAUACUAGUGUCUUGUAGCAUAGUAGUGUGAUUUAUUUAUUUAUUUGAUUAAUUGUGAUUUAUUUUCCAUCACUAUAAUUGUUAAGUUACUAUGUAACGGUUAUGGGACAAUAAACUCUAGUUAAUUAACAAAAGAGGUAUUGCAAGAAAGCUCGUUAAUGGAAAUUGCUUUUGUUUUGGCUUGAAACUCUUCCAAGGAAGCUCUCAUCUUUAAUCAAGGUAUUGCAAGCCUUAUGACAUUCACAAUGUCAGGAAAGAGUGUUGAAAGGGAAGAUGUUUCUUCUUCGGAUAUUAGCUGGCCAACAGAAGUGAGACACGUGUCACAUGUUACUUUUGAUAGAUUCAAUGGUUUUCUUGGUUUGCCUUCUGAGUUUCAGCCAGAAGUACCUACAAGGGUACCUAGUGCCAGUGUGAAGGUAUUUGGAGUUUCUGCAAAGUCUAUGCAGUGUUCUUAUGAUGAUAGAGGGAACAGUGUUCCGACAAUUCUGCUAAGGAUGCAAAAGCAAAUGUAUUCUGAGGGAGGCCUUAAAGCAAAAGGAAUAUUCCAUAUUACCGGUGAGAAUAGCCAAGAAGCGUUUGUUAGAGAUCAGUUAAACAAAGGUGUAGUGCCAAAUGGAAUCGAUGUUCAUUGUUUAUCCGGCUUGAUGAAGGCUUGGUUUAGAGAACUUCCGACUGGAGUACUUGAUUCUCUCACACCCGAGCAAGUGAUGCAAUGCAACACAGAAGAAGAUUGUACUAACCUUGUCAAGUUACUUCCUCCAACAGAAGCUGCGCUUCUUGAUUGGGCAAUCAAUUUGAUGGCUGAUGUUGCUGAAAAUGAACAAUUCAACAAAAUGAAUGCGCACAACGUAGCUGUGGUUUUCACGCCCAACAUGACACAGAUGGCAGACCCUUUAACUGCAUUGAUCCAUGCCAUAAAAGUUACGAACUUCUUAAAGACAUUGAUUUUGAAGAAUCUUCGAGAAAGAGAAGAAUCAAUUGAUAAUGCAAGAUCGCUCUCACAUAGCAUGGAUUUUACCUCAUGCAAAGAUGAAUUUCCUCCUUUCAACUUCAAUAUAGAGGAGUCAUCAUGUGAACUAACCGACGAUGAUUGUGACAUAAAGUCGUCAACUAGCAAAAGAAAAUUCUCAAGAACUUCUACCUUAGGAAGAAUAGAAUGGAACGUGGAGAAACUACGGAGCCCCGAGAAAAAUUGAAAUCAAGAUGAGGUAUUCAAAUCAUUUUCAGCUGAUAGUGCAACUCCAAGAUAUGACAGCGAACAUUGGUUACGAUUGAGAAAUGGCGUGCGCAAGUUAUGCAGGAGGAGAAGUCUACAAGUCUCGGUACUAGCAAUGGAGGAGGAGAAGCUUGGGCUUGAAAAUGCAUGUCUACAAGGUUUUUAAAAACAGUCCGCAAUGUUUUUGUGAUUGCAAUGUCUAAAAUUGCAGCCGCAUCAGCUGUAUUUGGUCGUAGUUUUGCGCGAUUUUAAGAAUUUGUAGCUUGACCGCAAUUAGAACCUUGUUUUAAGCAUGCCUUAUAGGUAUGUGUGUGGAGUUGUAUUUAGCAUAGACUGGCCUACUCAAAUUGGAUUAAAUUCCCAAUCCCAACUCAUUAUAUGCCACCAUAUAUAGUUCGUUUUUCUCUCCAUUCAUUGGUUUUAGUGGGCAUUAUUAGUGGAACUAUUUUCUCUGUUAUUAGGUUUCCUCAUGUGCAGCAAGUGACAUAUCUCAAGUGUGCAUAUUUUCAUUUUCACCUGCAGUAGGUUGAUUAAUUUGGAUUCUUGUUUGGUUGUUU